CCCGCUGUCUUUCUAUUCUUGAUACACGUUGCCAACAGCACAAUGGAGAAAGCUAGACGCAGUAUGUCCAGAAUCCUCUAAACAGGAGGGGGAAAGUGUGCCCUUCCCAAGAGAAAGAAAAUUAGUGGUAGGUUUCUUUAAAGAACAAGAAAGAACGGUGUGAAGAAGUUUUCAACUUUUUACUGACGGAUUUAAAACGAGAAUCGCAGUUUUCCGCUAUAUCGACCGACUCUAGUGUUUAUUCCUUGUACGCAAUUUCAUCAUAAAGUGAAACUUCUGUGAUUGCAACGUUAUUGCACACCUAAGAUAGACUUUGGGUAAGGGCACAAAAUAGAUUUCCUCUCAAAGGACCAGACAUUACAAAAGAUUCCAGUUUUGGACCAUUUUGUUAUUCUGUGAUUAACGGAACACUUGCACGAGAUUUCAUUGUUCGUUAAACGUUACGUAACUGUGAUACUGAAAUUAACGAUUUUUAAUGUGAUUCAACAAUAUUUUAUUUAGCUUGUAUAAAAGAACGUCGAUCGUCAACAUAGGUGAUCUAACUUAUUUGAAGGAAACUCAACCGAAGAAAUCGGUAAGGAAGUUGGGGAUUCCUGAACUCUUAACAACAAAGGAAGGAAUCAACCUCCUUUAUGAAUAUUACGCGGGUAAGGCCCAGGCUGCAUAUCUCAAAGCAUGGGCGUCAAAAGAAAGAAGAUUUAUUUGACAUUCAACAAUCAAACCUAAACUCGACACUUAGUCCUGAUGUGCAACUCUCAGUACCAGAAUUUCCAAAGAAGUCUAGUGCACAAAAUGCUUCGAAAAUUGGAAGAUACAUUUUACUUGACCAGCAAGAAGGGGAGACGUUUAGGGCUGUUAACUGGCAAACCUAUGAAGAAUACAUCUGCAAGGUUUUUCCUGUAAAUACAUACAGAGAUAAUCUUGCACCAUACUGGCAGGUUGAUGAUCAUGAUAACAUCAGCUCCAUUUCGGAGAUCAUUCUCGGAGAAACGAAAGCUUAUGUCAUUUUUGAUCGUCAUUACGGAGACCUGCAUUCAUAUGUGAGACAGAAGAAAAAGUUACGAGAAGAGGAGGCUUCGCGGCUGAUGGAGCAAAUUGUGGCCGCUGUUUUACAUUGUCAUGAAAACGGAGUGGUUCUGCGAGAUCUCAAGCUUCGAAAAUUUGUCUUCAAAAAUCAAGAAAGGACAGAGCUUCGAUUGGAUGGCUUGGAGGAUGCUUACAUUCUGAACGACGACAGCGACGAUCAACUUACAGACAAGCAUGGCUGUCCUGCAUAUGUCAGCCCAGAAAUUCUCAACCCAAAUGAGACGUACUCGGGCCGAUCCGCAGACGUCUGGAGUCUGGGUGUCAUGUUAUAUACCAUGUUGGUAGGAAGAUACCCUUUCCAUGAUUGCGACCCAAGUGCGCUGUUUGGAAAAAUCCGUCGAGGGCAAUUCUCUGUCCCGCCUGGUCUGUCUCCAAAAGCUCGAUGCUUGAUCAAAAAUCUGUUGAGGAGGGAACCCCAAGAUCGCCUCUCUGCUGACCAAAUUCUGAAACAUCCCUGGUUUACCAAUUGCUCUUCAACUUCCAGCUUUGUGACCAUCAUUGACCACAAAAACAUGGACCAAAUGGUCCCAAACAUGGUUGUUCACGAAGCAGAAGACAAUUUCUUUGUAUAACUUGUUCCUGAGAAACUUUCCAUAGAAAAGAACUGAGAAAUCGGGCGUAUGAAGCGGGUAGAGCACAUUAAUGCAACAUUUUAGCAUAUUGUUAUAAGGAACUUUGUGCAGUUAUUUAUGUAACUGUUAAUUGCUGCUGAAAAAUGUGCUGGAUUGUGAAACAUUCAGGAGCAAAGCUGCUUUAGACUUAACAAAUAAUUUUUUGCAAUGGACAACUUGUUUAAAUUUUGAUGAGAUAUGUGCCAAGUUCAUGUCAUGAGCAAAUGCAUUCUGUUGUAAAUUGUACAUGUGAAUGGUAUCACCUAUCAUAAUCAUAUUAAUAUAAAACUAAUUUGUGUUGAGUCGCAAGAGUAAGAUCUCCAUGAAGAACACAUAGGCCAGUUUCUGUGUUGGUUGAAUGUCUGAAAUUGUGUGCUGCUGUGUAAAUGAGGUGAUGCAAAAUGUGGGUGUCAUGUGUUGUUUUGCUUAUAUGUGUACAUAAGUGGCCUUGUGUGUGUGUUAGAAAUGAAACAUUCCACAGGCAGCAAGUGUGACACAGUCAUGUACAGUAAGGUGAUGAGUGACAAUUUAUGAGUGGUCUAAUUUAUUUUGUCAUGUAAUGAAGGGAGGGGGGAGGGGAGGGGGUGCAAUUGUAGAGGACUGCUAAAUGUCGUUCAUUUCUUUUAGAAUUGGCAAUUUUGUACCCUGCAUUGCUGUAAAAAAAAAUUUGUUUUUUUUGUUUGUUAACAAUAUCCCAUACAGUAGUGUAUUUUUGGGGACAAAUUUCAAUAUCUCUAUAGAACAGACGACGGUAGUCAUUUGUGUGUGAACGUGUGAUGUUUUCUUGUGUAAAAAACAAACAAAGGCUUUGCCCUCUGUAUUUGUUAAUCACAUAAUAAAAAUGUUAAGAAUAAAAAAAAA